AUGGAUGUGUACGUGGACGUAGAAAUUUCCCAACCUUCAGGAGCAACCCUUCAGAAGCAAUCCGGUCCAUUUGGAUACCGUACAAAAUCGGGGAAUUUCGGAUGGAACUCGCCAGAAUUCAGCAUAUACGGAAUCGGCAACUCUUCAUUGCUCGAGUCCACAUUCUACGACAGCAAAACAGAAUUUUUGGAGAUUAACAUCUCAGCAGAAUUCUUGAAGGAAGGAUACAGCUCAAAUGGGACAUGUUCUUGGACGGCUUGUCAGGUUGAAAACGGUACUGCAUUUCUGGGGGACGAGGAUCUGUCUCCAGAGGGAAGAAAUUGGUUAUUCUUGCUCCUGUGUGCCCUGGUGGUUGCCGGAGGAUUGGGCAAUAUACUGGUAUGCUUGGCAAUAUGUUUGGAAAAGAGGUUACAGAAUGUGACGAAUUAUUUCUUGCUGUCUUUGGCCGUUGCUGAUCUUCUAGUGUGCAUCGCUGUCAUGCCAUUUGGGAUCCUUGAAGGAUUUCUAGGUUACUGGCCUUUCGAUUGGACCAUCUGCAGUGUCUGGGUAUCAUGCGAUGUUCUUAGUUGCUCCUCUUCUAUCAUGCACAUGUGUUUCAUCUCUUUGGGCCGAUACCUCGGCAUUCGGAAUCCACUUAAGACUCGCUCUAGCUCGAAAAAGAUCGUUAUGAUGAAAAUUGUCCUGGUCUGGUUGGUUUCCAUGGUCAUUACAAGCCCCAUCACUGUGCUGGCCAUGAUUGAUCCCACCAAUAUCCAACCCUCUCCUGGCAGUUGUGCUAUCAACAACAGAUUUUUCUUCAUCUUUGGAUCCAUGUUCGCGUUCUAUAUUCCAAUGAUUAUCAUGGUGGUCACCUAUGUGCUGACGGUGCGACUUCUGCAGAGAAAAGCCAAAUUUUUGGCGGAAAAACCAAGCAGAAGAGUACCCUUUAUACGCAGGGGUCGCAGGUCUUCCCCAGGUUCUCCCAUGGAAGGUCCCACCAGAAACGGCAAUCUUCCACAACCGUCAUCUUCAAACACCUGUCAGCAUUGUGGGCGAUGUCAGUCUGCCGAGGCAAUUUGUGGAGACUCAAAAAAUUUGUUGAGUCCUAACCAAAACCCUAGACCAUCCUCAUCUCAAGGAUUCAUAAGAAUUCGAGUCGGUGGUCAAAGUGGACAUGGACAGCACAACAGUAGAAACUCCUCCCAGCCACAGCAGCAACAGCUGGUUCCAGGAAUGGUCAGAACCUUAGGAACGAAUCAAGUUAUGAAUGAACAGAAAGCUACCAAAGUAUUGGGCAUUGUGUUUUUCUGUUUUGUGAUUUGCUGGACACCAUUUUUCAUACUGAAUGUAUUGUUCGCGUUUGUGGACCCCAGAAAGUUUCAUCCUUAUCUUGCUACGACUUUCUUGUGGCUGGGUUACGUGUCCUCCACAAUUAAUCCCAUCAUUUACACUGUUUUUAAUAAGACUUUUAAGAGGGCAUUUUGGAAAUUGCUUACUUGCAAGCUUCAUUUUAGCAGACAUGUUAGUUUGAAUUCUAACAACGAUCUAGCUACCUGGGCUUUCAGAUCGGCGAAUUACACAACCAAAUCGGGAUCUCCGCCAGAUGUCUACCAAGAGUCUACAAUGUGUUAA